CAGCCUUUCCACCCCCCUCCCUUCCACCAUGGCCUCCUGUGUGUGGUGUGGGGAGAAGCUGGUCCUCCGUGGUCUCCUUUAGCGCUUACUGCUUCAACUUCACCCCCUAGGGGCCGGAUCAAAAGGAGCCUCGCUCCCCAGCCCUUGGGGCACCAGCCAGGAAGGUUUCCUAUCCCCUACUUCGGGGGCAGGACUCUUCUUUUCCCCCAACCUCUAGAGGCAGAAACUUAGGGUUUUCCCUCCUUCUCUUAGGGUCAGAAGCCAGAAAGGGCCCCCCUUCCACUUCAGGGGCGGAAGCUUCUCCUAGUCUUCCUCUAGGGACAGAGACCCUUACCCCACCAUACUUCGGCGCUAAGGCUUUCCCUCAGCACUGCCACUCCAGAGGCAGGAUCUAGAGGACCGUCCGCCUUCUCCCCCUCCGCAGGCGCGGCCUUCCGGAGAGGAGGCAGGAGUGGAGAAGACAGGGACCCUUGCCCUUCCCUCCCCCACUCCUUCCUCCUGCCCCCAGCCCCUGGCAGCCCAGAGUUCCCCAUUUCUAGGAUUUUCCACCCAUCUACUCCCUGACCCUUUCCCGUCUCCUAUCUGCAGCCAUGGAGUUACAGAAGGGAAAGGGAGCAGCAGCAGCAGCUGCUUCGGGAGCAGCGGGAGGUGGAGGAGGAGGAACGGGAGCAGGAGCCCCAGGAGGGGGGAGGCUGCUACUUUCAACCAGUUUGGAUGCCAAGGAUGAGUUAGAGGAGAGGUUGGAAAGGUGUAUGAGCAUUGUGACCUCUAUGACUGCUGGUGUCUCAGAGAGAGAGGCCAAUGACGCCCUCAAUGCCUACGUAUGCAAAGGUCCCCCCCAGCAUGAGGAAGUCUGCCUGGGCCUCUUUACCCUUGUCCUAACUGAACCUGCUCAAGCCCAGAAGUGUUACCGGGACUUGGCUCUGGUGAGUCGUGACGGCAUGAAUAUUGUCCUGAAUAAAAUCAACCAGAUUCUUAUGGAGAAGUACCUGAAGUUGCAGGAUACCUGCCGUACUCAGUUGGUGUGGUUGGUACGAGAACUAGUGAAGAGUGGGGUUCUGGGAGCUGAUGGUGUUUGCAUGACAUUUAUGAAGCAGAUUGCUGGUGGAGAUGUUACGGCCAAAAAUAUCUGGUUGGCAGAAAAUGUUCUGGAUAUUCUGACGGAACAGAGGGAAUGGGUACUAAAGAGCAGCAUCCUCAUUGCCAUGGCUGUUUACACAUACCUCCGCCUCAUUGUUGACCACCAUGGGACCGCCCAGCUCCAGGCCCUGCGGCAGAAGGAAGUGGACUUCUGCAUCUCACUGCUUCGGGAACGGUUCAUGGAGUGUUUGAUGAUUGGCCGGGACCUUGUAAGACUACUUCAGAAUGUUGCUAGGAUACCAGAAUUUGAACUGCUUUGGAAAGAUAUUAUCCAUAAUCCUCAGGCCUUGAGUCCUCAAUUCACAGGUAUCCUACAGCUUCUUCAGUCAAGAACAUCCCGAAAAUUCCUAGCAUGUCGUCUAACCCCAGACAUGGAAACUAAGCUCCUCUUCAUGACAUCCCGGGUACGGUUUGGUCAACAAAAGCGAUACCAAGAUUGGUUCCAGCGCCAGUACCUGUCAACCCCAGACAGUCAGUCUCUGCGCUGCGACCUCAUUCGCUACAUCUGUGGGGUAGUCCACCCUUCUAAUGAAGUCCUCAGUUCAGAUAUCUUGCCCCGAUGGGCCAUCAUUGGUUGGCUCCUGACAACAUGCACGUCAAAUGUUGCUGCCUCUAAUGCCAAGCUGGCUUUGUUUUACGACUGGCUGUUCUUUAGUCCAGACAAGGAUAGCAUUAUGAACAUAGAACCAGCCAUCCUGGUCAUGCAUCACUCCAUGAAGCCCCACCCAGCCAUCACUGCCACGCUCCUGGACUUCAUGUGCCGUAUCAUUCCCAAUUUCUAUCCACCAUUGGAGGGCCACGUGCGGCAGGGUGUCUUUUCCUCUCUCAACCACAUUGUGGAGAAACGCGUCUUGGCACACUUGGCUCCCCUAUUUGACAACCCUAAAUUGGAUAAAGAGCUGCGGGCAAUGCUGAGAGAGAAGUUUCCUGAGUUCUGCAGCUCACCCUCCCCACCUGUGGAAGUCAAAAUUGAGGAACCAGUUUCCAUGGAGAUGGACAACCAUAUGUCAGAUAAGGAUGAAAGUUGCUAUGACAAUGCAGAAGCAGCCUUCAGUGAUGACGAGGAGGAACUCAACAGCAAAGGAAAGAAGAGAGAGUUUCGCUUCCACCCUAUCAAGGAGACAGUUGUGGAGGAGCCAGUUGAUAUCACCCCUUACCUUGACCAGUUGGAUGAGUCCCUAAGGGAUAAAGUACUCCAGCUACAGAAAGGGAGUGAUACGGAGGCCCAGUGUGAGGUCAUGCAGGAAAUCGUGGACCAGGUCCUGGAGGAAGACUUUGACUCCGAGCAGCUGUCUGUCCUUGCUUCCUGCCUACAGGAACUCUUCAAGGCCCACUUCCGAGGGGAGGUGCUGCCUGAGGAGAUCACCGAGGAGUCCCUGGAGGAGUCUGUAGGGAAGCCUCUCUACCUAAUAUUUAGGAACCUAUGCCAGAUGCAGGAAGACAACAGCAGCUUCUCUCUGCUUCUGGACCUUCUCUCUGAGCUAUAUCAGAAGCAGCCCAAGAUUGGCUACCACCUGCUCUACUACCUGAGGGCCAGCAAAGCUGCUGCAGGGAAGAUGAACCUGUAUGAGUCAUUUGCCCAGGCCACCCAGCUGGGUGAUCUGCACACCUGCCUAAUGAUGGACAUGAAGGCCUGCCAGGAGGAUGACGUGCGGCUGCUGUGCCACCUCACACCCUCCAUCUACACAGAGUUUCCAGAUGAAACCUUGAGGAGUGGAGAGCUGCUGAACAUGAUUGUGGCUGUUAUUGACUCUGCACAGCUCCAGGAGCUGGUCUGCCAUGUGAUGAUGGGGAAUCUGGUCAUGUUUCGAAAAGACUCAGUGCUCAACAUACUCAUCCAAAGCCUGGACUGGGAAACCUUUGAGCAGUAUUGUGCUUGGCAGCUCUUCCUGGCCCACAACAUCCCUCUGGAGACCAUCAUCCCCAUCCUGCAGCACCUCAAAUACAAGGAGCACCCAGAGGCCCUGUCCUGCCUACUGCUUCAGCUCCGAAGAGAGAAGCCCAGUGAGGAGAUGGUGAAGAUGGUGCUUAGCCGGCCCUGCCAUCCUGACGACCAGUUCACCACCAGCAUCCUGCGGCACUGGUGCAUGAAGCAUGAUGAGCUGCUGGCCGAGCACAUCAAGUCCCUGCUCAUCAAGAACAACAGCCUUCCUCGAAAGAGACAGAGCCUGAGGAGCUCCAGCAGCAAGCUGGCCCAGCUGACUCUGGAGCAGAUCCUGGAGCACCUGGACAACCUGCGACUCAACCUGACCAACACCAAGCAGAACUUUUUUAGCCAGACCCCAAUUCUCCAGGCACUGCAGCACGUCCAGGCGAGCUGUGAUGAAGCCCACAAGAUGAAGUUCAGUGAUCUCUUCUCCCUGGCAGAGGAAUAUGAGGAUUCUUCCACCAAGCCACCAAAGAGCCGGCGAAAAGCAGCUCUGUCCAGCCCUCGAAGUCGAAAGAACGCCACACAGCCCCCCAAUGCUGAGGAAGAGUCGGGCUCCAGCAGUGCUUCGGAGGAAGAAGACACAAAACCGAAGCCCACCAAGCGGAAACGAAAAGGGUCCUCUGCAGUGGGUUCUGACAGUGACUGAGGUCCUGUGUCCCUCAUCCCACCCCCAGUUGGACUGCCCUCUGCUCCUAGGUGAAUCAAAGGUUAAUAGGGGCUGGAGCUCACCCAGUGGGAAGGAUGAUCUUCCUCCUCUGACCCAGGCUGAGAAGCUGCCGUGCAGCCCCCAGUCUCCCCACUCCUCUCCUGGGGCCUCCAGCCCCUUACACUGCUGCUCCCACUGAUAUUGGAUUUUCACUGAAGCCAGAGGCUGUGCAAAACCAGACCAUGGUGGAAAACCUAGCCCCUGUCCCCUCCCCCAGCCUCCUCCCCUAGUCUUUCAAAGUGCUACUUCAACAGAGAAGGGAAAUGACAAGGGGGCAGUAGGCCGGAGAAGCUUGGAUGAGAGGAGAGACUCUGUGUGGGUGUCCCUUCACGCUUCCCCCUUCAGGUCUUGAUUUGCUCUGAACAGGCAUUUUAUAGUCACUCUCCACACACCAGUACGAAAUGGGUAUCUAAUCUGACUUGGUCAGGCUGCCCAUUCCUAACCGUGGGGUAAAUGCCACAAGGAUUCAGAAAGGAACCUGAAAGGGAGGAUACAGCCCCAUGUGGUGUGCCCUGGAGGUCUGGGUUGGCCUGAGGUUGGCACCUCAAGCUGUGCCAGAGCCCAGGGGAGUCCCAAGGCAAGUUCCACAGAACUGUCAAAUGGUUCCAUUUCCUUGGUUCUGUUUUUUGGGGGUUUUUUUUGGCAGAGAUAAUCAUGUCUUAAAAGUUGUUUUUAGAUGACAAUAAAACAAGCCAGACCAUCUUUUGUGCCUCCACCCACAUUUACCCUGUGCAUAUACAGGUGGUCUUGGUUAAAUUGGCACCCAUACUUGUAAUCUCACAACUUCCCCCUUUUCCCUUCCUACUGUAUCCCACCCACCUCCCUUUUUUGUCUAGAGCUAGAGGGACUUGGUUUUAUCCCCCUUUCCUCCAUCCUUCCUGCUACCACUGAAGGUGUGAGCCAGGCACUGACCUGUCCAUGCAGAUAUUGACGCUGGCACCAUCUCCCUGUAGGCCAAGGUCCUUACCCACUUCUCCCAAAAAAACUAGAGGUAUCUGGAAGUUAAUGUGUGUCAUUCUCACUCCAGUUUAUUCAGUCUGAUGCUCACCAACUACUGAAGGACUAACGGGGGAGGGAUGCUCCAACUUGGAUCUUGAAGCACAGAAGUGUGCCUGGUGGAGAGAGAGUUCAACUACCAGGGGUGGGAGACCCUCUUCCUUCCCUAGUCUGGCCACUUGCUGAUACACUUACCCGCAGGAAAGAGUUCUUUGGCUAUGCUUUUUGUUCCCGUGCUCUCCAGGAAGAUUGGAGGCCAGCUCAAGAGAGAGCAGUGAAGUUUGGGCUAACUGCAGACAGCUCUUCCUCUUCAGCCUGCAAAUCUGUCCUUUUUUUACAGAAUCUAGGUUCUCCCCUCCCUCAAAGCUACUACUCCUUCCUUUGAAAAUGUAAACCACUGGAGUCCUCUUUUUCCUUCCUCUAUCCUUCUCCAGUUUCCUCUGCCCCAAUUAAAAUCAGGAUGGAAAACA